AUGACUGACGUGAAUGUAGAGCACCUGGAAUUUGGUCGGUCAGCUACAGUGCUGUGCUCUCCGCGGCUCAGAAAACACGCUACGAUGGGCGUAUGGCAGAUUCAGGUCAAUAUAUAAUAUAGUUUUUAUACUAACGCCGACGGGGCCUCGCCUCUACAACAGAGAUCACCUUCUCAACAAACGACCUCGCACUUCAAGGACCGAAAAGCCACGGUUUUGGGUGUUUCUUCACUGACGUUAAGCCGACUGAAACGCCAACACACUCGUGCUCUUCUGCUUCAGUACUCUGGGAUACGAAUAAAAUGACCGUUUGAUUAUUCUUUUUCGUCUUUCGCCUCUACCUCCUCUUUCGGUUUGUCAUCCAUUCCCCUCCCCUCGGCCAGUCCAUGGAUUCUACUAUGGUGGAUUCAAAUGCGACGAGGAGGACUCUUGCGGUCCCGGACGUAAAACCAUCGGAUCAGUACGAUUUUACUCGAGCCAAAAUAUGUGCUAGUCUGGGAUGGCUUCUGGCGAAAGCGUACGGAACUGCAGAGAAUGUUCCGGAGGACCUGCGAGACCCCUUCUACACCGACCAGUACGAGCAGGAGCACAUGAAGCCGCCGGUCACGCGCUUGCUGCAGUCCUGCGAGCUGUACUGUCGCGCCUACGGCCGGCUGCACGCGGCCGGGGCCCGCCCCGAAAACGCGGGGCCCUGCCGGGACGCCGCCGCCCUCCUGAGCCUCCUCGCCGGCCGCGGCGCGUCUCCUAGAGACCAGGACGCCAUGGUGACGGAGGCCGACCUGCGAGGCAAGCCAAUCAGAAUGAGUGCCCACCUGGCAGUGAUUGACUCACUGAUGGCGGUGGGUGCCAUGGAGACGGUGAGCACAGCGAAGAUUCCGCGCGGGGCGGAGCAGCUGGGGAGCAGGGCAGGCUGGGAGAACGCCCUGCUGUACUGGGUGAAUCGGGUGAAUCAGAAAUUGAGGGAUAUCACAGAGAGUACGGCCAGUACAGACCUGCAGUCCAGCCAGCCUUCUUGUCCUUCCCGUUGGUACUGGAAACUGGUCCCUGGCCGGUAUAAGAAGGAUAAGCUGCUAAACCGGCAGGCCUCCGCGUUGCCGUUGGUAACGGGAGUGAAGGACCUCUCGGAUGGGGUUGUCCUUGCAACUGUCAUCCACUUCUACUGCCCAACCCUGCUGAGCCUGGAGGAGGUUUGCGUGAAGGACACUAUGCUGGAAGCAGACAGCAUGUUUAACUUGCACCUUGUGCAGAAGUUCUGUGACACUUUCUUGGACAACUGCUGCCCCCUAGUGUUGGAGGACCUGCUGUACAGCCCGCCAAUUCUCAGGGUGAACAUCAUGAGCUUGGUGGCGGAGCUCCUGCACUGGUUCGAGGUCUGCAAGCCAGACUUUGUCCAACCCCUGGAAACCCUGGACCUGGCAGAUACCUCAGAGCUGAGCAACUACGCGAUGCCCAGCGGCGGGACCAACAACAGUGCCCCUCCUUCCAUCUUCAACCAGCCUUUCCUGCCUAUCUCAGCGAGCACGCCAGGCUCCAUUACACAGUCUACCUCAUUGUCAGAUGUAGGAACAAGCCGAACAUGGACCAAGAAGCCUUUCAGUCGUCCGCUCUCAGGGGUAUCCUUCAGUAUUCCCUUCGGCCUGGACAGCGAUGUGGACGUUGUCAUGGGCAACCCGGUGGGGGUGCCCCGCUCAGUCAGUUCGGACAACCUGCCCCGUGUCCCCUACAGCCCCUCCGAGGACCUCGCCCCCCUAGUCGGCAAGACCCCCGGGGCCCCCGUCCCCCACAACGGGCCCCUGUCCCAGCAGCGCGCUGCCUGGGGGGCCCAGCCCAGCCCCGCGCCACACGGGGAGGGGGCGGAGCUGCCCACCAUCGAGGAGGCGCUGCAGAUCAUCCACAACGAGGCCAAGCUGGAGCCCCGCCUCCACCCCGAGGGCGCGCCCGACGGGUUCUACCUGCACUCCCCCGACGACUCCGCCCACCUCAGCAGCUCCGCCCCCUCCCGCGCGGGGAUGCUGUACCGGCCGGGCGGGGCCGCCCGGGACCGCGACCGCCACGCCUCCGACGGCUCCCGCGACGACGACUCCGUCCUGCGGGACGGCAGCGUGGACUCGGACGCCUCCGAGGACCUGCCCAAAGCGCAGUCCAGCCCGACCACGCCCGCCUCCACCCGCUCCGCCCCGUCCACGCCGGGCUCCUCCCGGGGCCGGGACCAGCCCGACAGCGGCGUGAAGAUGACCAGCUUCGCCGAGCGCAAGAAGAAGCAGCCGCCGGCCGCGCCCGCCGGCGUCGCCCCGGGCGACGGCCCCGCCCUGAACACGGAGGUGACGGAGCUGGGGGCGCGGCUGGAGGAGAGGAGGCGGGCCAUCGAGGCGCAGAAGAAGCGGAUCGAGGCCAUCUUUCAGAAGCACCGCGAGCGUCUGGGGAAGAGCGCCCUGCUGCAGCUGAAGAAGCAGCAGGGCGAGGGCGGGGCCAGCGAGGUGGGCGGGGCCACCGAGGAGGCCGAGGAGGACCAGCGCAGGCUCUCCCUGGAGGAGCGGCUGGCGCGCAUCGAGGACGAGGAGCUGCAGGACGAAGGCCCCGACAUGGCUGGAGAGGAAGGGGCGGAGCCUCUGAGGAGAGAGAAAGGGGUGGGAUCGGGGGAGGAUGAGUCGGAGGACAAGGGGGCGGGGCCGAAGGAGAAGGGGGCGGCGCCGCUGGGGGACUAUAACAACGCGGUUUCGCAGCUGUCGGCGGCGCUCAGCUCUCUGAAGAGCGACAUGCAGCGCCUGUCCCUGCAGCAGAACCAGCUGAUCCGCAAGAAGACCCCGUCCGCCAACAAGGCCUGGGUCAUCCCCGCCAGCCCCAAAUCCCCCACGGCCUCCACGCCCCCCCCGCGCCUGUCCCGCGAGUCCACCCGCGACCUCCCCUCCCACUCCCCGUCCCCCUCCCGCAAGGCCAGCUACACCACGCCCCCCAAAUCUCCCCAGGUGUCCCACCGCCGGGCGCAGUCGGCCCCCCCCAAGAGCCCCAAACAGGCCCACGGCCGGCAGCUGGACCUGCGGGUGCCCCCCCUGACGCGGGUGCUCACCCCCUCGCACAACGUGGACAGCAUGCCCCGCCUGCGCAGGGUCACGCCCGGGCAGUGCCAGGUGCAGACCACCUCCACCUUCAGCAUCGGGACGCCCCGCCCCGCCCCCGCCCCCGCCCCCGCCCAGGACAGCGCCUCCGAGGCGGGCUCGGGCGAGGACCUGGAGCUGGAGGGGGGCGCCCUGCGGACGCCGGGCGGGGCGGGGGGCAGCUCCGGCGCCCCGUCCGAGUGCUCCUUCGAGAGCGACGUCCCCGCGGCGUUCGGCGGGAACCGCGGGAGCCUGAUCGAGAUCCCACUCGCCUCCCUGCGGGGGGGCCACGCCCACGACCCCGACGACGCCGACGCCUUCUCCGACUCCAUGAGCGACCAGAUGGAGCCCGAAACCAGAGGAGGGGUCGGCUUCUUCUUUAAGGAUGAAGCGCGACCGGAGGAUGAGAUGGCUCAGCGCAGGGCUGCUCUGCUGGAGAAACAGCAGAAGAGAGCGGAGGAGCUGAAAAGAAAGAGGGAGCUGGAGAGAGAGUCCAGGCCCUCCUCUUCGGAAGAGCGGCCCGGGACCCCCGGCACGCCCCCGGCGCCGCGCACCCCCCCAGCCGAGGCCACGCCCGUCCGGCGGGGGGACUUCACCAGGCAGGAGCACCAGCGCCGGCACCAGCUGAAGAUCAUGGAGGACCUGGACAAGGUCCUGAGGCAGAAGCCCACCACCGUGCGCGGCGUCAAGAAGCAGAGGCCCAAAUCGCUCUUCCGCGAUGACUCCGCCCUCUCCCGCAGCCCUGCCAAGGGCUUCAUGGGCAAUAAGAUGAAUAAGGUCUACUCCCACUCCUCCCACAACCUCUCCUCCCUGGCCAGUGACAGCACCAACACCGGAACUCUGACCGUCAGAAAAUCUCCAAGCCGGUCCCAUUCCCCUGCCAGGCUAAUGUCUCCUAGCCGGCUGUCCCAUCAGAACGGGGACAGGGAUUGGGACCUCGCCUCCACCGUCUCUUCCACUGCAUCAAUCCCAGAGUACCACGGGCCUAAGCUGUACAAGGAGCCGAGCUUUAAGUCCAACAAGUUCAUCAUCCAUAACGCCCUGUCCCGCUGCUGCCUGGCUGGGAAGGUCAACGAGCCGCAGAAGAACAAAAUACUGGAGGAGAUGGAGAAGUGCACGGCCAACCACUUCCUGAUCCUGUUCCGGGACUCCAGCUGCCAGUUCCGGGCGGUGUACGCCAUGAACCCGGAGACGGACGAGAUGGUGCUCGUGACGGGUGUCGGACCGCGCGUCAUCGCCGUGGAGACGGUGGAGUCCAUCUACAAGUACAGCUCGGACCGCAAGCAGUUCACCGCCAUCCCGUCCAAGACCAUGUCCAUGAGCGUCGACGCCUUCACCAUCCCCGGGCACCUGUGGAAGAGCCGGCGGCCGGGCACGCCCAAAAGACCCGGCACGCCCAAAUAACCCCCCCGCCCGCGCUCUCCACCCCGCGCGGGACGGCCCCUCGCCCGGCCUGCGCACGGCGACGCCCGCCCGCCC